AAGUUCGUUUCAUUUCUAUUCAUAGAGAAUCUUGCUUUACGUAAAUCAACAUGGCAAAAUCAUCCCUAUAGCGCAUAUCACAGUUAUAUCAAGUCUGCUAAUGCAGUGGACGGGAGGUUUUCGGACAGGUCUCUUAAUGGAGGGCAAUGUGUAAUAUCGGGAAGGGAAAAACAAACUGCUACCUGGUGGGUGGAUCUAUCUGGAAUUGUCAGCAUUCACCAUAUUACAAUCUACUACAGGACGGACAAUUUGCAGUGGGAUAAAUCCAAUGGCUACACUUCCCGCUUCCUUGGUUUUUCGGUUUACCUAUCGAACACCACCAACAAAGAUGACGGCUAUCCAUGUUUUAAAGACACAAACUACACUAGAGACACGAUACCGAGUAAUAUUACAAUAGAAUGUAUAAAGCAUGGACGGUACGUCAUCUACUAUAAUGAGAGACUCCCAGGAGUUACCUACCCUGAAGGAUAUUCUCCAUACGCAUACAAUGAACUCUGUGAAGUCCAGGUUUAUGGAUGCCGUUCCUUUGUUAUUUACGGAGAGAAUUGUACAUUUCCGUGUCCGCAGAGAUGUCGUGAAGAACGCUGUAACAUUGUGGACGGAACUUGUUUUGGAUGUAUUGCUGGGCAGAAAGGUUCACGAUGUGAUCAAUUUUGUGACGGUGGUAAAUUCGGACAAAACUGUGCUCAGUCAUGCGGGUUUUGCAUCGGAAAUGAACAAUGUCAUCACAUUAACGGUUCAUGCUUGAAUGGCUGCGAAAGAGGUUACUAUGGAAACAAUUGUACACAAGUAUGUCCCGAAGGGCGGUAUGGAUAUAACUGCCUAGACAUGUGUGACGUCAACUGUGGAGAGCCGAAAAGAUGUAACAGGGAAACAGGGCAAUGUAAAAAUGGCUGUCAGGCAGGAUGGAAGGAUAUAAAAUGUGACAAGAAAUGCAACAGAAGUACAUUCGGACUAAACUGUGCUCAGUCAUGCGGGUCUUGUCUUGAUAAAGAACAAUGUCAUCCCAUAAACGGGUCAUGCUUGAAUGGCUGCGAUAAAGGUUACCAUGGAGACACUUGUAUGCAAGAAUGCCCGGAUGGAGGCUUUGGUUACAAUUGUGAGGGAAAUUGUAGCAGUUGUCCAUUUAUCGAAACAUGUGACGCAAUAUCCGGACAAUGCAAUGUCAUAAUGAAAUCUGCAGAGUUUAUUACAAGGAAACAAUCCAAAGCCUUUCUGUUUGGAGUGAUAACGUCUUUUUCCAUAAGUGUUGGCUUAAACCUCGCUUUAAUACUCUGGAAUUGUACUAGAAAUGGGUGCAAAAGAAAGAAGAACCAAGAUAAAUUAACAAAACAAUUGUCAACGAAACGUUCAACACCUGAUCCAAAGAUCAUUGAUGAUGCUGGAGAUAGUGAAGUUUACGAAGAUCUAGAUCAACAUUCCAUUUAUGAUGAUGCACUUUAGCGUGAAGUGAUAGUAUAUGAGUUAGGACCUAUUUUUACAUGAAUUUUUAUGCGCUUUCGUUUAAAUGUAUGUGUGUAUUCUUUUAAAAAAAAUAAAAUACAUUUGUAUCACCAAUCAACUAAUGCCUAUUGGAUCUUAAUUUGACUCGUGUGUUCCAAGAAACAAAACUAGCUAGAUUACUUAAAAAAUUUUCUCAAUAUUUGGGUUCAGUAUUGUGGAAUAAUUUUUCUUUUAAAUGUAAGGAUGUAUCCAAUACUCCAACAUGUAAAAUCAAGACAAGAAAAUUUAUAAUAGACCAACGAUAUUGUAUGGCUGUAUCAUUAAUUUUAUAUUGGAUGUGUUGUUCAUGUACAUAUGUAUUAUGCUAUAUUACCAUAGAAUAUAUUUCUUUUCAUCGUGUAUAGUUUUUAUUAAUUCAACAGUCUCAAGGAUCAUCCAUACAACGGAUUUCAAUGAAAUUUUCAAGAAUGAAAGAUCUUUAAAUGGAUGUUAUAUAAAGUUCUGUUUUUUUUUCUUUCUUUUUUGAAACAUUCUCGGUUCCAGUGCCGGGAGAAGGACAAUUUCCUGAAUUAUAAAUAUAUCACCGAAUCAUUCAUUAAAGAAAAUGCUAUAGAUGUCUUCAUUUUGCUUCCCGUUUUUAAGUUAUUCCGUAUCACAUUACAUGAACAGCUGAGCUAUGUUGUUUUAUUUUCUUAGCGAAUUAAUAUUGAUUGGACAUAUUGCAAAUGCCUAUGUGUGUCCAAACAGACGGUAUGGAUACAACUGCGAAGAAACCUGUACCAACUGUAGCGUUGUCAGAAGAUGUGAUACAAUAGAAGGGAAAUGUAACGUGAUAAAAGAAUUAUUAGAUUCUGAUACAGCUGACAGGAACCUUUACUUUUUGUACGGAAUGAUAUCUUCUCUUGGCUUAAGUGUUGUCUUCAAUGUCGUUUUGAUCAUCUGGAGCUGUAGGAGGCAAAUGUGCAAAGGAAAGAAUCCACAAGAGAAAAUAACUACACCGAUUCCUAGAAAAUUGAGUACACAGAUCAAAGUUGAAGAACGUGUAGUGCAUGCAUAUGACGACCUGGAUGAAAGAGAGAAAUCCACAAAGCCUUCAAAAUUGAAAACACAAAUCAAAGAUGAAGUUGAAGAUUGUGCAAUAUAUGAAGACCCGGAUCAAAUUGAAAUAUCCACACAACCUUCCAAAUUAAGAACACAGAUCACAGACGAAGUUGAAGAUAGUUUAGUAUAUGAAGACCCGGAUCAAACAAGUCAACAAUCCAUUUAUGAGCAUUAACAUCUGAGUGAUGUUGCAGUAUUUUAUUUUGAGCCUUAUACAUGUUGUAUACUUGUUAUAUAUAACUUCAAUGUAAACACUUCCAUACAUGUAACUUUGUGCUUAUUUUAAUUAAAACAUUCAAAUCUAGAAACAAAACAAAACUGUUUAAUUUAAAUAUAAACAAGCCGUUGAUUGUAUCUAAAAUUUAUAUUUCUUUUUUUUUUAUCGAAAAGGAGAAAUUGAAUAUUCAUCAUGAUUACCUGUGCUAUUAUUCCUGAAAUUAAUAUUUAUCUCUUUAUAUACCUUUGCCAUUGUGAAUAAAUUUUAUUUCAAAAAAUGAUUUUGAAUGAUACUCCUUUUAGCCUUAACUAAUUAUCUCCUAAUUUUGAUCCAAUUCCUUAUUAAGAAGUUAAUGCAUUUUCGUCUAAAAAAUAGGACCGUAGGUGGCAUUUCGAAGAUUAAUACAUGAUAACAGUCAUAAUUUUGAUUCAAAACGUAAUUUUUUUUAAAUAAAACAAACCUCUAAAUCAAACGGAAAUGUGUACAUCAUUGAUAUAAAAAAAAUUCAACAUAACCUUACAUCAGUUGAUAGAGUUUAGUAAUAAAAUGGACGUUAAAUAAACUAAAUUCUUUUGACUUUCAAAGUUUUUCUUUCUUUAUUACCUAUCUACAUGUAAAUUCUGUGUAAGCAGAUCCACAUUGGAAUUUGUCAAUCAAGGUUUAAAAAUAAAAAUCAUCAGAUAAAAUAUAAACAUCAACUUCUUAUUCCAUUCAAUUUUAAAUACAGACAUGUCCGUGUAAUCUUUUUUUUGUAUAUCUACAUUAGUGCCAUCUGUUGUCAA